AUGUUUGAUAUUGCUCAGCAUAAAAAUAUUGGAUUAGUAUUGGAAAUUGCAAGAAAUAAAAGAACGAUAAAAGAACUAAAUAUGAAAUUUAAAAAUGUUACUAAUAAUUACCAAAAAAAUAUGGAAAUAGUAAAUGAAUGGAAAGAAUUAUUUUAUACCCAAAUAGAAGUUGCUGAAGAAUGGAAAAAAAAAUAUUAUGUAGAAUUUAUUAAAAAUAAUUGUCAAUUAGAUAACGAUAAUGAUCAAUUUGACGUAAAAUGA